AUGCAAGUGUUGCGUUUCCAAGCGUUUGUCCAAAUUGUCUCUUGGCAUCAGCGCCUCCUGACGCCAUCGCGAUCAGUUGACAUGGCAACUGGGAUGCCCUUUUCAAGGUUUGUCCGAAGCCGAUUCCGAGCCUCGUCCGUACAAUCGGUCGUGACGAUUACAGGUUCAAAGCCUCUCUCCAGCGAUCCGGCGGGACUCGAGCAUUUUGCCACCGCAACACAUGCCCUAACAACUUGUCGCUUUUUGCACCGGUUGCGGCCCAUCUACACCCGGUCUCGUCUGCUCGCCGUGCCCCUAAAUCGCCCACAUUUCAACUGUCCAACAUCGCAUGCAACACCCAAACUGUCCACCGGCUCUUCGGCUCUUUUGCAUGUAAUCGGGUCGGUCAACGCCGGCGUUGAUGUCACAUUCUCUUCUCGUCAGGCCGGCUUGAAGUGGGUGUAA